AUGUCGACGUCGUUCGCGGCCGCCCUCGCGUCCAUCGUGCCGCCGUUGGGGCUAACAAUCGAUCGUCGCGUCAACACUUCACGCGCGUUCCCGAGUCCCAAAUAUCCCCGGCGCGUCCAGUCCAAAGCCGCCGCCAGCACCUCCUCGGACCCCAACCCAACCGCGGACCCGGCGGAGGUGUAUGCGGUGGGCGAGACGGCGGACGACGGCGAGCACAUCGUGUCCGCCGCCGCGUGGGUUGUUGCGCGUCAGUCAUCGCUCGAUCCCGACGGCAGGUGCGGCGUGUUCGCGAUGUACGAUCCAUCCGAUAACAUGCUGUACGCCGGGUACGCGAAAGACGCGAUCUCAGCUGUGCGCACCUACGUGGAGAAAGGCCUCGGUGCCAGGGUCAGGGUCGCCAUCUUUGCCAAUCGCGCAACGGCGACGCGCGUUAAUUUAAGGGCGGAACAGGACAGGUGGAUCGGGGAGUGGAUCGACUCCAACGGUGGAGGAGAGACGGCAAUCCCGCCGGGGAACACCGCGGCGGGUGCCGCGGAUUGGACCCUCCCGGCCGAGGAUUGGGGCGAGCAACCAGCGUCGUCCACCGCGGCCGCGCCGCGACCAAAGGUUGACGGCGAUGGUAACGUGGUUAGCCCGUACGCCGUUACCGCUGCUGCUUCUGUUGCUGCUGCGGCAGACGUCAAAGAGGAGUUAGACCCGAAUCGCAAACUGGCGGAGCUCACAGUGGAAAACGUCGACGCGGCACUGAACGAGGUUCGACCGUUCCUCGCCGCGGACGGCGGGGACGUGGAGGUUGUCGGGAUCGAGGAUGGGAUCGUGGCAGUGCGCAUGUUCGGCGCGUGCGGCACCUGCAGCAGCUCCACUGCGACGCUGAAGGGCGGCAUCGAGGCGACGCUGUUCAAAGUUUUUGGAAGAGAGGCAAUCAAGGAGGUUGUCAACCUGGACCAAGGCGGCGAGGGAGGGAAAGGGCCGAUGAGCUUGAGCGUUGAGAAGAUGGAGGAGCACUUAAAGAAACUAGAAGGGGCGAUACACAACUACGGUGGGAGCGUGAAGGUUGUUGAAGUGGAGUCCGGGGUGGUGACCCUUGCAUUCUCGGGCCCCCUGGCGCUUGCUCAGUCCGUCGCGUCGAGCAUCAAGGGCAAAUUUCCUCUCGUGAAGGAGUGCAAGAUCACACAGGUGUGAUGA